CUCAUUGCAGCAAGCACUCUGUUUCCUCCAGUGAGAACCACACCAAGUGGGCUGGCAUUGAGACUGGUCAAUUCAUUGAGCAGAUGUGAAGGUCGUGUUGAAGUCUAUUACGCAGGAUCCUGGGGGACAGUGUGUGAUGAUUCUUGGGAUCUCAAUGACGCAAAUGUUGUGUGCAGGCAGCUUGGAUGUGGAUAUGGUGUUGCAGCAAAGACCAAUGCCUAUUAUGGUCAAGGCUCAGGAAAUAUUGUUCUGGAUGACGUGAGUUGCAGAGGAUGGGAAUACAGUCUAUGGGACUGUCCUCAUUCAGGGUGGCUCUCUCAUAACUGUGGUCAUUCUGAAGAUGCUGGUGUCAUUUGCUCAGGUAAAUACCAAAAACUGGUGAAUUCAUUUAGCAGAUGUGAAGGUCGUGUUGAAGUCUAUUACGCAGGAUCCUGGGGGACAGUGUGUGAUGAUUCUUGGGAUCUCAAUGAUGCAAAUGUUGUGUGCCGGCAGCUUGGAUGUGGAUAUGGUGUUGCAGCAAAGGGCGGUGCCUAUUACGGUCAAGGUUCAGGAAAUAUUGUUCUGGAUGAUGUGAGUUGCAGAGGAUGGGAAUACAGUCUAUGGGACUGUCCUCAUUCAGGAUGGCUCUCUCAUAACUGUGGUCAUUCUGAAGAUGCCGGUGUCAUCUGCUCAGGUAAAUACCAAGAGUUUGCAGGUGUGUUGAAGGUCAAUGACUGGCACAGAAUAUGCUUUUCACCAUGUCAAAGAUGCUCAAAUCCAUUUGUCCCAGAGACUGAUUUAUGCUUCUGUUAUCUUCCUGCAGGAACACCAGGAUACACUCCAUCAUGGCCCUGGUACACAACAACUCGAACACCGGGAUACACUCCAUCAUGGCCCUGGUACACAACCACUGCAAAAUAUGCUUGUGGUGGUGUCCUUCAAUAUUCAUCUGGGACAUUUCAAAGCCCGUUCUAUCCUGGGAAUUAUCCAAACAAUGCAGAUUGUGUGUGGGAAAUAGAAGCAGUGAGCAAUUACCGUAUAACAGUUUCAUUUAGAGAUAUCUCAACAGAAGGUGGUAGAUGCCAGCAUGAUUAUAUUGAGAUAUAUGAUGGGCCACUCUAUACCUCUCCUUUACUGGGGAAAAUUUGUUAUGGUUCCUAUCUCACAUAUACAUCGUCCUCAAACUUGAUGACAGUUCGAUUUCACAGUGACUCGAGUAUAACAAACAGAGGGUUUCGUGCUGACUAUUACAUCAUUCCAGCGGAUCAGAAUACUAUUCUUCUGUGCUUGCCAGAAUACAUGCAUGCAGUUGUUAAGAGAGCCUAUCUCCUCUCACAAGGCUACAUUGCAGAGAAUGUCAGCUUGAAUGACCCUUAUUGUAAACCAAAGAUUACAACAAACGAUAUUAUAUUCAACAUCCCAUAUAAUGGCUGUGGCACAAGACGAGAGGGAAACAGCAAUACUAUCAUGUAUUCCAACUUGAUCAAAGCAACCUCUUCUGGUUACAUAAUCAAAAGGGAAAAAGAUCUUCACUUGCAUGUCAACUGCAAAAUGCUCCAAAACACAUGGAAAGAAAUCAUGUAUGUUGCUCAGGAUGUGGCUGAAGAUGUUAUUGAGGUCAAUGAAACGCAGUACAGCAGAUAUGACGUGAACAUUUCAUUCUACCAAUCACCAUCCUUCUCACAGCCAGUGUAUGACUCUCCAUACUACGUGAGAUUGAACCAGAAUUUAUUCCUUCAAGCUUCAAUUCACAGCUCUGACCCAAAUCUGGCGUUGUUUUUGGACACAUGUGUGGCAUCACCUGAUCCCAGUAGUGUUACAUCCACGACCUAUGAUAUUAUCAGGAAUGGAUGUGCUAGAGAUCUUACCUACGGUACAUACUAUUCACCCUACAGCUCCACCAUACGCUUCAAAUUUAAUGCCUUCAAGUUUGUUAACCAAUAUUCAUCAGUAUACCUGAAGUUUAAAAUGGUGGUGUGCCGGGUAUAUGAUUAUUCUUCCCGAUGCUACCAGGGCUGCAUACCCAGGUCCAAGCGAGAUACAAGCUCUUACCAAGAAAAAGUGGAUGUUGUUGUUGGGCCAAUUGAGCUUUGGAAAGAAGGCACUGAGAACAGGAAUGCUGAGCUGGACUAUUCUGAACAUCAGGAAAAUGUGGAUUCCCGUGGUUCACUUACCACUACUGCUGGUCAUUCCCAGGCUCCAUUUAUUGUUACAGCUGUGGUGCUUGCAGCUGUUAUUUUCACUCUUGUUGGCUUUCUUUUGAAAAGUAAACAGAAGAGACCGAUUCCAUACGAGAUAAUGUGAGACGCUAAAGACACCAGCAUCUGGCAGACAAUGAUAUCUCAGGGCAUUUACAUAAUUAUUCUGUUUCUAGCCUUUGCACUCAAUAACUUUUAUGUGACCAUUUGCGCUUCAAAGAGAAAGUAUGGCAAACACUGUAAUGAGGCUACGCUCUGAAUUCUGGUAAAUUCAGACUAGAGAUGGGCCUGAGCUUAAAACCGCACAUCCAAAUAACAUGGAAAGCUAGGAAAAGUUUGAAUCCAGAUCCCAAUUCUGUAACCAGCUGCCAUUUUCAGUAAUGGACUGAACCCAAGCCCAGUAUUUGACCUACCAGCUCCCUCCUCUCAAUCUAGAGCCAGACUUUGCACCUCAGGAUCUCUAAUUAGAUCUCUAAUCUAGAUAGUAUUUUUGGUCUAUCUAGUUUUGAUGGUAUUCUGCAGUGAGAUUCAACAGAGCAACUCUUGUAAUAUAAUGAAUGUGUAUGCAGGAAAAAUGGUCCAGAGGUUAGAGCACUAACCUGGGGUGUGAGUUACUGUUUAACCAUAAACAACUUGUGUGAUCCCGGGUCAGUCACUUAAUCUCUCUGGGCCUUAGUUCCCCAUCUGUAAAAUGGGGAUAACAGCACUUCCCUAUCACACAGGGGUGUUGUAAGGAUAGCUACAAAUAAGAUCGUGAGGUGCUCAGAUAUUACCAUGAAGGGAGAUAUAGAAGUACCUAAGAUGGAUAGUACUUUGAUUUGACAACUUUAUUCAUAAAAAGGGCAAUCUGAUUUUGGUUUUUAUGUUUUAUGCAUACCUAGUAUAUCUUUUAUGCAUACCUGGCACAUUUCAGUCACUGCUGAUCAUCAAGAUAUUUGGGUGUUAGUGCAAUUUUUCUCCUUCAUAAUCCUCCUUUCACUUCCUUUCAAAACCAAUGUAUCUAACACUCAAAUAUUCUGACAUGGAAAUUGUGGUGAAGAGAUGGGGGUAAAAUCUACAUGUGGCAACACCAAAUGAUCCAAGGUGGUUAUAUAGAAGAAAGUAUUUUUAUUUAGUAAUCAGCCAUGCCUGGAAAAGAAAUACAGAAAACAUACAUCCAAUUACAUAUGGAAUUGCUAAAACACCCUGUUUCAGAUUAUCUUGAAUGUUGCUCUUUAAGGUUUAAUUUCUCUUUGAGACAAAUGUAAUAGAUUGUGCUAAUUUGUAAAAUGGGAUGAUUUCCAGUCUAAAUGAAUUUCAUAUGUAAACUUAGCAAUUUACAAUCAGAAAUGGAAGUGUUUACAAAGCAAUAUUUCUACUGGUGUGCUUGC